CCUUUAGUUUUAGAAACCUUGGAAGUAGGCGUUUUAAAAUGCAUCUUUUAUUAAUUUCCUUCCAAACACAAGGAAAAGCCCGCGGACGACCUGUGGGUCAUCUAAUUCACAAGACGCAGUUUUACGUGAAGGAACGAGACUAGUAACGUACUUUGACCUUUAACCUCUAGCCGGUGCAGUGGAGGGAAACGCCUCCGUCUCUAUAUAAGGACUUUUCCGGCCGGUCCCGGCCCUUUUUCUCCCUCAGCGCUGGCCGCGGGCUUCUAGCGCUCUUUUCCUCCGCUCCGGGUUACAGCCGACGCCAUGGGUUUCGGAGACCUGAAAACCCCCGCCGGCCUCCAGGUGCUCAACGAUUACCUGGCGGACAAGAGCUACAUUGAGGGGUACGUGCCAUCACAAGCCGAUGUGGCAGUAUUUGAAGCAAUCUCUGGUCCACCACCCGCUGACCUGUGUCAUGCUCUGCGUUGGUAUAAUCACAUCAAAUCUUACGAAAAAGAAAAGGCCAGCUUGCCGGGAGUGAAGAAAUCUUUGGGCAAGUAUGGCCCUGUCAGUGUGGCAGAUACCACAGGAAGUGGAGCAGCAGAUGCUAAAGAUGAUGAUGACAUUGAUCUCUUCGGAUCUGAUGAUGAGGAGGAAAGUGAAGACGCAAAGAGGCUACGAGAAGAACGCCUUGCUCAGUAUGAAUCAAAGAAAGCUAAAAAGCCUGCGGUUGUUGCGAAGUCUUCCAUCUUGUUGGAUGUGAAGCCUUGGGACGAUGAGACAGACAUGACGAAACUGGAGGAGUGUGUCCGAAGCAUUCAAGCGGACGGCUUGGUGUGGGGCUCCUCUAAAUUGGUUCCAGUGGGAUACGGAAUUAAGAAGCUUCAAAUACAGUGUGUAGUUGAAGAUGAUAAGGUUGGAACAGAUAUGCUGGAAGAGCAGAUUACUGCUUUUGAGGACUACGUACAGUCCAUGGAUGUGGCUGCUUUUAACAAAAUCUAAAUUAUCCUUAAGUCUGUGCACUUAAAUAAAAGCUUGAAAGAUAA